UCCUUUAAAAGUGUUGCCUGUCAAUCCUUUGCAAGCGAUUCUCGAAGAUCCUAAUGGUGAGGAGGAAGAGGAGCCAAUGCAAGAACUGAAGGCUAUGAACCAUCUUCCCAUCACAUCUCCCGACUCAUCUCCAUACGCACAAGAAUGCAUUCAACAUCAGUCGAAUUCAGAUUCACCUCAUCAGGAAUCGAAGUCUCAAUCUAUCAACUCUGAUUCCACUAUUGAACCUAACAUGAAUGAACCAGAGAGCUCUUGUCAAUUUGAAAUUGAUCCUUUGGAGGCUAAACAGAAGGUAUUGCACUGUCAUAUUUUCCUUUGUUUUACUUACUGCUUUUAUUAG